GUGUUUUAUAAAAUUCCUGUGCGUCUGAUACUCUUCAUGUUGGCCGCUCAGACGGCAGCCCACCCCUGGAAGGUUACCUAAUCUCAUCGUCCAGUGUGGUAGUCAUCUAAAUCUGAAAAUUGGGGCCUGCUUACAGCAUUUUUCACAGCUCCUUGCUACAGCAGGAUUGGAGCACCUGAACAGAGAGAGAGAGAGAGAGAGAGAGAGAGAGAGAGAAAGUGAAGGAGAGAGAGGCCACAGAGAACACAGGACUUCACAAUACCAAAGUUUCAAAGGAGUUUUUUUUCUUGCACAACGAUAAUGAGUGCAGAACCUACAAAGGAAGACUAUUAUGAAUAUCAAGAUUUUUAUGAUAACGCUGUACCCACCAAGCCACCUGCAGAAGUUAUCCCACCAUGUGACUCAAAAGCUGAUGAAAGUCUCUACCACAUAUGCAUUACUGUCAUAUCGUUUGUCAUCAUGCUGAUCCUAGUGGUGUUGGCAAGGCGGCAGAAAAUUGUAGACAGUCUAAAAGAAGUUCCAACUUUACUCAGCCCUGUGAAUUUUUUAAACCAUACACAGCACAAAGCUUUGUCUGUGCCUGUGUUUGGGAUCCUUUUCUGCCGGCUUGUUGGUCUGGUUCUAUCCCCCAGCCCACUGCCCUUUACCAGGGACACACAAUACAAAGAGUAUUGGAUGAUCCUUGCUCUCUUCUACUACCCUGCUUUGUACUACCCCUUGCUGGCCUGUGGCACCCUGCACAUCACGGCCGGCUAUGUGCUGGGAAGCAUGUUGUCGUGGACACAUUUUGGCAUCCUCAUCUGGCAUAAAGUCGACUGCCCCAAAACACUACAGCUAUACAAGUACCACGCCCUGUUGAGUAGCCUGCCAGAAAUUGCCUGUUUGGCAUUUCUCAGUUUCCAGUAUCCUCUUCUCUUGUUCAAGAGCUUUAAAGGAACAGAGAAAAGCAAUCCCUUUGAGGACCUACAGAGCAGCUACUACACAGACUAUGUAAAGAAUCUCCUCAAAAAGAAGAAACAAUCUCAAGCCAGUUCAAGCAGUUCCAAACCCAAGCUGGCUGAAAGAAUCACUUACAUAUUUAAGUCUUACAUUUACACACCUAAAGAUGUUUUUAGGUUUCCUCUGAAGUUAGUCAUCUCUCUGGUUGUGGCAUUUAUAGCUCUUUAUCAGAUGGCUCUCUUGCUGGUUAUUGGAGUAGUGCCCACCCUCCAGAUUGCCCGAAAAGGAGUGAACGAAGACAUUGCAUUUCUUCUGGCCGGUUUUAACAUUAUUUUGUCAAAUGAUAGGAAAGAGGUGGUUAAGAUAGUAAUGUACUACAUGUGGUGUGUGGAAGUGUGCUAUAUUUCAGCAGUAACCCUGACCUGCCUGGUUAAUUUGGUCAUGUUUAUGAGAUCCAUGGUCCUACACAGGUCCAAUCUGAGAGGGCUGUACCGAGGAGAUAUCUACAAAGUGUAUAACUGCCAAAGAAACAUAAGGCCAUCACGUCCUGCCCUGGUGUGCUGGAUGGGCUACACCAGCUACCAAGCUGCAUUUAUUUGUCUGGGCAUGGUCAUUCAGACUCUUGUGUUCUUCAUUUGCUUUCUAUUUGCUGUGUUCCUCAUCAUCAUUCCCAUUUUAUAUGGAAAGAAUCUUGUGGUCUUCCACAUCAUUGGCAGAAUGUGGCCUUUCUGGUUGACGCUGUCAUUGACUGUGCUUAUCCAACACCUUACAUCCAGGUUCUUCUUCAUUAAAAAGGAAGCUGGAACACAAGAUCUUACUAACAGGAGGGGACUCUUCCUUCUGACUUACAUAUUCUUUCCAGUCAAUGUACUGGUGGGUGUGUUAUUGGGAAUUUGGAGGUUGGUUGUCACAGCUCUUUUUAACAUUGGCCAUUUGGGCCGCAUGGACAUCAGCCUGCUCAACCGCAGUGUGGAAGCUUUUGACUCAGGAUAUCGCUGCUAUGCUCAUUAUUUAAAGAUUGAGGUCAGUCAGUCUCACCCAGUCAUGAAGGCCUUCUGCAGUUUGUUAUUACAGUGUCCAAGCAAGGACAAAGCCACUGGAGAUGCAUUACGUAAUGCAGAGGAAGGAAUUCAACUGGUUUCACAGGACAAGAAACAGCACAAGGUGCCCAGCAUUAAGCGAGCACGUGGACACUGGCAUCUCAUAUACACACUAGUUAAUAAUCCAUCCUUGGUGGGAUCUAGGAAGCACUUUCAGCGGCAAUGCUCAGAGAAUAUCUUGAACGGGACCCUCAAUCGGAGCUCCAAAAAAGGCAGCAAAAAGAAGAGUGGCACCACAGCAGCCAGCAAAGAAGGAGAAGGACCUGCAACUAAAGACUGAGACUGAUAACGAUACAUUUUCUGUCUGCCUUUAUUAUAUUAUAUUAGAACUAGAGAGAUGAGAAUAAUAUUAUUGCUAUUGCUUUAUUUUAAAAUAAACUUUGUCUCACAUAAAUGUUCUUAUAGGCUACCAUAUAGUGCCUCAGGCAGGAGGAUAGACUGUUUCCCUUUUUAAAUGGAAAGCUACACUCUUUCUUUGUGUGUUUUAAAUGGUUGUUUGUUUUUUUUUCAUUUGGUAAACUUUUUACAGUGGUACUGAACUCCCAAAAUAAAUACUUGUGCAACGUUAUAUUUGCUAUUUAAGUAUGAUAUACGACGUUUUAAUUUCUAAGUUUUUUUCAUGCUGAUUAUGAUUCUUUUGUUUGAAGAUGUAACGAUUAAUACGAUAGAGUGUCAUCUAUUUUAGUGGAUUAAAUACGUUUACAGUCAUGCAAAA